AUGCCAGGAGCCAUGUCUGCCGAAACAAAGAACACCUUCCUGUCGAUAUCCUCGUCGCACCUGAUCUUCCUGCGGCUCGCAUCAUUUCUACCAUUGAGAAGCAAGAGCUUUUCUCAUCCGUUAAGCCUAUUGCUCCAACUGUGGGACCACUGGUCCGUCCUCGCGGGUAACAUGAUGUGGUCGGGGUACGGGAUUCGCAUGACACUACGGGGCGAAAUGGAGAUCGACUUCAUCUGCGAGGACAUAAUCAUGGUAGGGUUCACUAUGCGCUACAUCCUUCUAGCCACAAAGCGCAAGAAGCUCUGCCACCUCGUCGAGUCCUGUGAGAAGCUCUGGGACUAUCUGGAAAUCGGCGAGGAUGCUCUAGUUCGUCAGUUCGAGCGCAGAGGUUACUAUUAUCGAAACUUCAUGAUGUUGAACUUACUGCUGAUGUGCACGUUGUACAUCGUGACGGCGCACUUCGCCACGUUACCACCGUUGGAAGCUAACGGCACAGAGAGAAGGAUGCUUCCGUUUAAGUUUUUCAUGGACGUUCAGGAGGAACCUGCGUACAGUAUCGCUUUCGUCUCGCAGUCCGUCGUCACUUACUUUAUCUGCUUUAUGUUCGUCAGCACAGAGACGGUACCUCUGUACCUGAUCUUGAUGGCUUGUGGAUAUUUGCGUUCAGUCCGGGACCGACUUUUAAGUAUCGAAGGAAGCGACGAUGACACGAGUGAGAGGGGCGAAGUCGCGUUUAAGUUCGUCGCUGGCUGUGCGCAUUUUCAUCAGCAGAUCAUGAUAUUCUGCGAGGAUAUAAAGCAUACGAUGAGGACAAUUUUUCUAUUCGCGUGUUUCUGCCCCAUCUACAAUCUAUCCAUCACGGGUAUCAAGCUUCUCGAGAACGACGAAGACAAGUUUAAGUUCAUUGUUAUACUGGUUUACAAUUUUUUUCAAUUCUUCCUCUGUCAGUGGGCCCCUGAAUAUCUUAUCGAAGAAAGCGAAGACAUCGCAGCAGCCGCCUAUUCCGCAAGCUUACAACCCCAGGCGCUAAGUCACCGGGAGAAGAUCAAUGGAAUACUGUACUUCAUGAUGAUGAGAGCCCAGAAACCGAUGCAACUGACGGCAGGUGGGUUCGUUCGACUGUCCGUGGAAACAUUCGGUGCGAUGACGAAGAAUGCGUUCUCCUUCUUUAUGGUCUUGCGAAACUUCAGCUCUUGA